AUGAUGGAAGAAAAAGGAAAAAUAAAAUGCAAAAAGGUUAUGGAGUCACCUUAUAACAUAGAAUUAGAAUCAUUAGAUCAUGUAAAAACUAAUUCAAUAUUGAAGACUCUUUUAGAAAUUAUGUGUUCAAAUAAAUCAAUGAAAUUUUUUUUAUUUAAACAUAACGAAAUUAUAGACUGCUUAGAACAUAAUGAAUUGGUUGCUCUUAUACUAAUUAGAACAAUUCAUUACGAGAAAUUUUAUAAGCAUAUUCCUAUAAUAGCAUCCUUAAAAAAAGUCAACUUUGUCUUAAUAGAACAAAAUUAUUUUAAUACAAGUGAAUUUAAUAGUUUUCCUUAUACAAGCCAUAUUGGGAUUAGAAAUUUGCAAAAUGACAAUGACAUUUGUAUUUCUAUUUUUGAAAAAAUAAAACAUUUAAUUUCUUUAAUUAAUUCUUAUUAUAUACCUAUAAAUAUUCCUUACCUAUUUAAUGACCCAAGUUAUGUUAAUACAAAAUUUAAAGUUGAAAAAAUAAAUAGUAAAAAAUAUAUCAAAAAAUUAUCAAGAAAAGAGAAAAAAAAAAUGAGAAAAUCACUGAAAAAAAAUAAUAUUUGA